AAAACAAACAAGACCCUCGUCUCUCUCUCUCUCUCUCGCUGUGUCUCUGUUCUAGGUGAGAAUGAGGAAGCGCGGUCGUCCCCGUUCGAGGCCGGAUACUGGAAUUGCCGACCCGGAAGGCGACGACAGUGACGCGAGGAAGACGAGGGCAACGCUGAAUGCAAGGAAGCGCGAUUUCUUUGCCUGCUACCUUCUCUGUUCUCUAUCCCCUAGGUUUAAGGGGCACACUUAUAUUGGUUUUACUGUCAAUCCUCGAAGACGUAUCAGGCAACACAAUGGUGAAAUAACGUCUGGUGCAUGGAGAACAAAGAGGAAACGACCUUGGGAGAUGGUUUUAUGUAUCUUUGGGUUUUCCUCCAAUGUUGCUGCUCUCCAGUUUGAAUGGGCAUGGCAACAUCCAAGAGAGUCUUUGGCUGUAAGAGAUGCAGCUUCGGGAUUGAAAUCGCUUGCUGGCAUCGGUGGUAAGAUUAAGCUUGCGUACACAAUGCUCACGCUUCCGGCUUGGAAAGGUGCCAACCUGACAGUGAAUUUCUUCUCAACAAAGUACACGAAGCUCGCUGCUGGUUGCCCAGCAUUACCAGAUCAUAUGAAAAUGCAAGUUGCCCCCAUGGAUGAACUUCCUUGCUAUGCGGAAGGAAUUGCUCACAAUGAUGAUGAUGAUGAUGAUGAUGAUGAUGAUGAUGAUGAGGUUGGUGGUAUAGAUACUGAUAGUAAUGCCACUUAUGAAAGGGACAACCUUGGUCAGGUCGUGGGAGUGGCUAAUAUUGCCAAUCAUCUCGAUGCCGAAGUCUGCAGCCACCUUGAUGCUGAAGUCGGGAGCAUUUCAAAUAAUCAGAUGAGUAUCACCCAGUUUUACAAAAGCAGAAAAUCGUUGCGACAUACUCUUUCCUCAGAAAAGAAAGAAACAAGUAGAUCUGAAAUUCCUUCACAAUCUUUUAGUGAUGAAGAUCAGUCUUGCUGUAUAAUUUCGCCUCCUAAAGCCAGGGCCAACGUAGAAUCAACACCCACAAGCUCCAUGGUUAAUUUUCGUAAUAAAAGCCCAUCUCCCUUGAGUAUUAUAGAUUUGACAAAUUCACCUGAUUAUAUUCAACUAUGAUUUCUACAUUUCACAUACUUGACCAACUUGUUGACUGUUGAGCUUCAAUAAUAAUACACAAGCUUGGUAAAGUCCCGGCCUUGUUCUCAUAAGAUUUUAUAUACUUGUUGUGCACUAGUUAUAUUUAGCUAUGAUUUCUACAUUUCACAAACUUGACCAAGUAGUUGACUGUGAGCUUCAAUAAUAAUUCACAAGCUUGGUAAAGUCCCGGCCUUGUUCUCAUAAGAUUUACUUGUUGUGCACGAGUUAAUAAAAUAUCAUUCAUUA